AUGUCAACCCCUUCCCGUCGACGACUGAUCCGGGACUUCAAAAAACUCUCGUCCGAUCCACCUCAGGGAAUAUCAGGCGCCCCUUGCAAUGACAACCUCAUGCUAUGGAACGCAGUGAUAUUCGGACCAGUGGACACUCCUUUCGAGGAUGGAACCUUUAAGUUGCUUUUGACGUUCGACGAAUCCUAUCCCAACAAACCCCCCACCGUUAAAUUUCUGUCAAAAAUGUUCCAUCCGAACGUUUAUGCGAAUGGAGAACUUUGUCUCGAUAUCCUUCAGAAUCGCUGGUCGCCUACCUACGACGUGGCCGCGAUACUAACUAGCAUCCAAAGUUUGCUUCAUGACCCCAAUCCCAAUAGCCCAGCCAAUGCAGAAGCAGCACAGUUGUACCGCGAAAAUAUGAAGGAAUACGUGAGACGAGUGAAGGCGACGGUAGAAGAGUCAUGGCUGGAUGCUGGGGAGGUGGUGGAUGACGAUGAAGGGACUGUUGAAGGACAGUCCUGA